GUUGAUUGGUUUACGAGCCGCCGUCCUCUCUCCUGAUUGGAGGGAAAGGUGUGAGAAGGAAGAGGGCUGUGAGCGAGGUGGGGAGGAGGAUGAGGAGGAGGAGGGAGGGGGGGAGACGGAGCAGGGAUCCAGCAGCAGCCUUGUCCCCCUUCCCCGUCAGUCCCCGCUGACUCCGCCGGCUUCGCACGCACUAACUGCGGACUGAGAUGUGACUGCUCACCGGAGGAAUACGGCGUCUUUCUGUUGGGAUUUUCAUUUUUUUUUUUUUUUUUUUUUUUUAAAUUUCUUGUGGAUAAUGGGGGAGGACAGACGGAGAGUCGCUGCGGCCACAGCGCCGGCCACUUGGGCAGCCGUGCUUCUCAGUGUGAUUACUUUGGUGUGCGCAGUGGAAGAGACAGUGAUGGAUACAAGGACGGCGACAGCUGAGCUUGGUUGGAUAUCGUUCCCUGCCAAUGGAUGGGAGGAGGUGAGCGGCUAUGAUGAGAACCUCAACACCAUCAGGACGUACCAGGUGUGCAACGUUUUUGAGCCCAGCCAGAAUAACUGGCUCCUCACUACUUACAUCGACCGUCGGGCUGCACAGCGAAUCUACGUGGAGAUCCGCUUCACUGUGCGCGACUGUGCCUCCAUACCCAGCGUCCUGGGGUCUUGCAAAGAGACGUUCAACCUCUACUACCUAGAGACAGACAGGACUGUGUCUGAUGCCAACAAAGGGGUGGAGUACUGGGCCAAUGCUCCCUUCCUGAAGGUGGACACCAUUGCAGCAGAUGAGAGUUUCUCCCAGGUUGAUUUUGGAGGAAGGCUAAUGAAGGUGAACACAGAAGUUAGGAGUUUUGGUCCGCUGUCCAAAGGCAGAGGGUUCCACUUGGCCUUCCAGGAUCUGGGCGCUUGCAUGUCCCUGUUGGCCGUCAGGGUGUUCUACAAGAAAUGCCCCAGCGUGGUGCAGAACUUUGCCUUUUUCCCAGAGACACUGACUGGCGCGGAGUCCACCUCAUUAGUCAUCGCCAGAGGAAGCUGCAUUCCAAACGCUGAGGAGGUAGACGUGCCCAUAAAGCUGUACUGUAACGGAGAUGGAGAGUGGAUGGUGCCCAUCGGUAGCUGCAGCUGCAAGGCGGGAUAUGAGCCGGACAAUAGCAACGUGUGUCGAGCUUGCCCUCAGGGCACCUUUAAGUCGUCCCAAGGGGCAGGAUUAUGUCAGCAAUGUCCGCUCAACAGUCGCUCCACCAUUGAAGCCGCCACCAUCUGCGGUUGCCGGAAUGGCUAUUACCGCGGCGACAUGGAUAAACCAGAGGACAUGUGCACCAGUGUCCCUUCAGCUCCUCGCAAUGUGGUCUCAGUCGUCAACCAGACGUCGGUGCUGCUGGAGUGGCACUCGCCGCGUGACACUGGCCACCGCAGCGACUUGUCCUAUAACAUCUUGUGCCGCCGAUGCCACAGCAGUGAGCGGCGUGCGUGCCAGCCAUGCGAUGACAGCGUGGCCUUCGUUCCAGGCAAACGCAUGUUAAAGGGCACGAGGGUCGAGAUCAGCAAGCUGCGCGCCCACACGUCGUACACCUUUGAAAUACAGGCGGUCAACGGCGUCUCCAACAAGAGCCCUUACCCCGCCCAGCAACUGUCAAUCAACAUUACAACCAAUCAGGCUGCUCCCUCAGUGGUUCCCAUAAUGCACCAAGUGAGCUCAACGAGCCGCAGUUUCUCGCUGUCAUGGCCACCGCCCGAGCAGCCCAACGGAAUUAUCCUCGACUACGAGAUACGAUACUAUGACAAGUCCCAGUGGUCAGUCCUGAACAGCUCAGUGGUCCAGAGCGAGACGCCUAAUGUGGUUCUGGAGGGUCUGAGGCCAGGGACCGGCUACGUGGUCCAGGUGAGGGCCCGCACUGUGGCUGGCUACGGAGCCUACAGCAAGGAGAUGCUGUUCCAAACCCUCACUGACGACGAGUACAAGUCGGAGCUCGGACAGCAGCUCUCCCUGAUAGCUGGAUCUUUAGUAGGUGGGGUGUGUAUCGUCUCAUUGGUUGCUAUCGCCAUCAUCUGUACCAGAAGACGGGGGCUAAAGGAGAGCGUCUACGGUGAUAAGCUGCAGCAGUACAACACAGGAGGAGAAGUGACUCUGAGGCCAGACAUGUUCAGCGGCCCCACUCCCACCGUGACCUUUCCCAGCCUGUCUGAGGGCCACAGCUCGCCAGGGGUCAAGAUCUACAUUGACCCCUUCACCUACGAGGACCCCAACGAGGCCGUCCGGGAGUUCGCCAAGGAAAUCGACUCCUCCUGUGUCAAAAUAGAGGAAGUAAUCGGAUCAGGUGAAUUUGGGGAGGUGUACAAAGGUCGCCUCAAGCCCGUCGGGAAAAAGGAGAUUCCCGUGGCCAUCAAGACGCUGAAGGUGGGCUACUCCGAGAGGCAGAGGAGGGACUUCCUGUCCGAGGCGUCAAUCAUGGGCCAGUUCGACCAGCCGAACAUCAUCAGGCUGGAGGGCGUGGUCACCAAGAGCAGGCCCACGAUGAUCAUCACAGAGUUCAUGGAGAACGGAGCGCUUGACUCAUUUCUCCGGCAAAACGAUGGACAGUUCCCGGUGAUCCAGCUAGUUGGUAUGCUGAGGGGCAUCGCAUCAGGAAUGAGGUACCUGGCAGAGAUGAGUUACGUCCACCGGGACCUGGCAGCUCGAAACAUCUUGGUUAACAGUAACCUGGUGUGUAAGGUGUCGGACUUUGGCCUAUCGCGAUAUCUGGAGGAGGACACCUCUGACCCCACCUACACCAGCUCGCUGGGAGGUAAGAUCCCAGUGCGGUGGACGGCACCGGAGGCGAUCGCCUACAGGAAAUUCACGUCAGCUUCAGAUGUGUGGAGUUACGGGAUCGUCACCUGGGAGGUGAUGUCAUACGGAGAGAGACCUUACUGGGACAUGAGCAACCAAGAUGUGAUAAAUGCCAUAGAGCAGGACUUCAGGCUGCCAGCUCCCAUGGACUGCCCGGUUGUGCUGCACCAGCUGAUGCUGGACUGCUGGCAGAAAGACAGGAACGCUCGGCCAAAGUUCCCCGACAUCGUCAGCAUGUUGGACAAGAUGAUACGCAACCCUGCCUCUCUCAAGGCCGGCACCAACAACAUCGGCCCGUGUCCUCCCCAUCAUCCCUUGUUAGACCGUGGAGCUCCAGACCUGAGCAGGGUGAGCUCAGUGGACGACUGGCUUGCUGCACUCAAGAUGACCCAGUACAGAGACUCCUUCCUGGGCUCGGGCUUCACCUCUUUGCCGCUUGUCACACAAAUCACAGCCGAAGACCUGCAGAGGAUUGGAGUGUCUCUCGCCGGACAUCAGAAGAAAAUCCUGACCAGCGUGCAGUCGAUGAGGCACCAAGUCGAUGACCAGUCUCCUACCGAAUCUGUUUAGCCACACGGAGGAUCGACUCAGUAUGAGCCGCUCGACCAGUGAGCCGCCCGCGAGCGAACAGGCUGUCAUCUCACACUUCAGUUUGACCCUCGUACCCUCGAGUAUGUUGUUUUUAAAACAAUCAUCAUAGCAAUUUUUUGGAAGUCUGCACGGCCAGAUCAGACUUCUCUCAUGCUUCCAAACUGAAAAGCCUCCUGGAAUGAAUUCAGUGUACGGGCAUGUUUCUAUACACAGAGAAGAAACAAAAUAAGAAAAAAAAAAAAAAAAAAAAGCAGUGGAAAAUAUAAAACUAGUGCCCUUCAUCCCCACUCACCCGAAAUCUGCUUGAAAGAUAACUUUCAAUUCCAUCACUGAAAUCCACAAAGCGCUUUUAGAAACUGAUUGGAUGUCUUUUCUUUUUAUUGUAAAGCACACAAACGCGCUACUGUGAAGAAGGCUGAGAAGACAUUUUCAUGAAGGAACAUAAACUGAGCUAAAAAGGCUGACAAAAGGUCUUUAAAAGUGGAGACCGUUAUCUCCAGCAUGGUGUGCGAAAAAAAGAAUACUUCAAUGAAUCCAGACCAGAGCCAACAGUUUAAACUGAACUUAUCUUCAUAUUGAAGAGUGUGUACAUAUUAAGAUGUGGAAUGUUUAUUUCCUAUUUGCUCUUUGCCAACAGCAUCCUACACUUUGGUGUCACUGGAGUAUUUGUGACUUCUCAUUUAUUAUCUUUCCCCGUUUGACUCAUCACUGGAACAAACUUUGAAGUGCUGUAGAGUGAAGAAAAAUAGGUUUCACAGUUCUAUUUUUUGUGCUUUCCAUGCAGACAGCCAGCGAGGCCUGGCCUACUUAAAGUACUUAAUGCAGAGAGAACUCAUAAUGGAUGCUGUUUUACAAUCAGCGCAAAUGCCCUCUGAGUAAAGCCAAUUACGGAUCAGAAAAGCAAGAGAAUCAGAUAAAGAAAUAUUAAACCAUAGCAGGGUCUCUGCUCGAGCUCGGAAGCAAAGCAAGCUCGGAGGUACAGAAUAAGAAAACAGCUUAAGAGACCGUGGAUAUAUCGAGUCAUUACCAGCCACCCAGGACGCACCUGUUGCAAACACACUGCGGUGGCCAGACGAUCUCAAAAGACAGAAGAGGUAUUGUCGUCCAAUGUUCUUGUGAUUUGGCUGCAAAGCCUGAAGCCGACUGCCAGUCAAGCAUUAAUACAAUGCAUGAACCAACCAGGAAUCCAAUGCUCAAGUCUGUCGCCGCAUGGAACAAAUCUCAUUUCUGUCUAAACUGUAUGGCUGCCGUCCAGAUGGCAAUCAUCACUCUACAGCAGGCGGUCAGGCAGGGGCCCUUUGUAUUCGCUCUGUUUUAUUCUUAUUCAUCGGUCGCCGGAUAUGUCGUCGGCGUCUGAGUCUGUUUUGACAGUCUCAUUUUCCGAUUGACGUCUCUGAUUAAUUCUGUUGUGUCGGUCUGCAGAUGAAAUGACAUCAAAUGACCUAUCCGUGUUCUCAUCUGUGGACAGCAACCUUUUCAGCGGUGCGCCGUACGCAACCAGCAUUUACAAGAUUGAUUUCUAAUAUGACAGGAAAGGAAAGAUAGUAAAAUACCAAACGCUCUGGGUCAAGAAGGAAAUUGGUAGCUUAUUUUUCAUGUCCCAGCUCUUAAUGUGAUGUUCGACUCAGUAGUUCUCAGAAAAUACGAUAUCAAGAAGGCCUGAUCUCACUGCGGGGCACACUGGUGGAGAAGCGCUGGGAGAUCUCUUUUAUCUGAGCGCUGAGCGGAUUACCAGCUGUGAAACAACAGCAGGCUCGCUCCGCCAUCAGCCCGAACCUCUGGUCAUGCGUGUGCACCCGCAUCCCAAGGAUUACCAGUCAUGAUUUUAUUUGUCAUCCGCGGCGAGCGUCAGUUUUUACUUGUUUGCUUUCAACGUGCUUUACUGCAGCGUGUCUCCGAUGCAUCCUACAAACCGCUGUGUUUGUUUCGCGCCGCUGCUGGGACGCCCUAAAGUCCUUUAUUUAUGAACAUCGUGACAUUGAGAGGGUCCGCGGCCGGUUUAAAACCUCCAAACAUUUCAGUUUUUUUUUUUUUUUUUUCCCGCCGAAACUCUGCUCCGACUGCUGCAAUUGCAUUUGUUGCCUGGCAACGGCAGCUUAUUGAACGUUUUAUUAGGAAGUAUUGAGAUCAACUGGGAGCGUGUCAGUGGUUCAGAGGCAUAAUUCGUUGUAAAUAGAUGCCUCUGGAAAAACAGUUUCAACGCCGGCUCGGGGGUUUAAUAAAGAGUGAGACCACAAGUGUGCCCUAAAAGCUCGCACUGAAUGCCACCUAAAAAAGAAAAAAUUGUCACAGUCGAAAUGAAAGCUAUCAGCAGAGGCAGCCAUCUUACCGCGUUAUGUAACGCGUGGAACUGAGCUUAAUGCGUCUGUCCUUUGCGUUAUGGUUUUUAGGAGGUGAGCUUUCGGACAUUCUUCCUGUGUCUGUGCUUGUUAAAAAAUAAAGAAGGAAUCAAUGAUCUACGGCACUUCUACGGCAAUUCUUAAUAUUAUUAUCCUGGUUUUAGCACAAUGUUCACCGCAAAGAGGAGGUUGGCCUGAGUUUUGUUGCACAAAAUGGGAACUUGUAUUGGUAAAGUAUGCACUCUGUAGAGAUUAAUCCAUGAUGAAGUACUAAAGUACUAAUUAAAAGUUAAAUCCACCCUAAAUCUAUUGAAAGAACAGAGAUGAGUUCUCUGUUUGUAAGCAAAAAAAAAAAAAAAGACUGAGUUAAAAGACUGUCUGAUUAUAUCUGGUCUGAAUUUCUGGAUUAAUCUUCUACUUCAAACUACACGUUUAAUCGUCUUUAUUGAAAGAGGGGAAUUUUAACAUCUAGGUUUUUCUCAUUUUAAAAGCGGUUUUGUUUUGAAUGUAAAAGAAAAAAUCUCCACGCAUCCAGUGAACAUCCGUCCUUGACAUUUUUUUUUACGGACUUUUACACAAAGAAAAAUAGAAAAGAAGUUGAGUUAGAGAUGUUUCUCUUAGACAUUAGCUGUGUUCCAGUUACAAUACAAGCUAAUUCUAGUCGGAAGAAAGUCUUCAUGUUGGAAAAGUGACAGAUUGCACUCAAAACAUGCACAAAGGAAGGGAAGAAACUACCGACAGCUACAAAUAAACAGAAAUCUGAUUGCAGAUUUCGGUGGAGUAGCUUCGUGAAAUAAAAAUUGUCGAAUGGAGGACUUUAUUUGGAUGUGUACAAGUUUAAUUAACGCUGACAUUUAAAAGUCUCAACUUGUUUGUCAUGCAUCAGUGCGUUUAAUGUAUCACGUCGGUAGGAAACAGGCUCCCUGGCAUGUCCUGCCUCGUCAUACUCGCACUUUGUGUGUCAGUCGUCGCGACACACCGAGCUGAUGUCCAGUGUCAGUGGGAGUUCGUGGCCUUCAUCAUUGGCACUAGUCGGAUCCAUUUUUGUGAGCAUAAAGACGGAAAGCUUCUCACAAAAAUAUAAGUCUGUAGUUCUGGCUAGUGGUAAAAAUACCACUUUCGACUUAUAAAAAUAUGGACUUGGAACACAGCUUAUGUUUUAAUAUCAAGGAACCAUUUUGUAUCCUUUAAGGUUUCAUGGUGAUACUUGUUAUUUAUUAGGACUUGCACCGAUCAGCCACAACAUUAAAACCACUUGCAGUAAAAGUGAAUAACAUUGAACAUCUUUUUUCUAUUCAGUGUUCUGCUGUGAAACAUUUGGACCUGGCAGUCAUGUGGAUGUUACUUAAGCAUGUAGCAUCCACCUAGAACUAUAGAAAUGACACCCCUUAACCUAUUCGUCCCUACGCCUUCUUUUCUGCCUCCUGGUAAAAAGGUAAAUCUGAACAAUUUUAGUGAUGUUUUAGCGAAUGUUAUUUUCGCGACUCUUUGGCUUCUAGCUCUCUGAGUUUUUGUCACACACUGAAGAGACAGACAUCGUUGUAAUCAGCAGGAUCUGUGCUUUCAUAUGCUUUGUGUGGCUGUCUUGAAGUGAUGAGGUUAGUAGAAGCACUAAAUGAAAUGUUCGCCACAUUCGUGUUUUCGUCACAUUCUCAUACAAUUGCUUGGGGCUUUAUUUGUGUUCGUUUAGGUGGAAAUGCCAGAUAGAGGCUUUUAGAUGAGUCUCUCCCUGGCAUUUUGGUGUAUUGCAUGUUCAUAAUGGUGCAUGCUAUAAUGCGUUAAGAUCGUCUGUAGAGCACGGAUCUGACGUCAUUAAACGGCAGCAGCCACCCCCAGCAGGAUGCAGUCUGACACAGGCACAGACAUGAAAAUGGUUUAGGAAUAACUAAAAAAAAAACCCUGAAGAACAGCAUUUCAAAAGAUUUAAAACUGUGGUAUGCACUACGACAAGUCUGAUCCACAGAGGCCCCUGCACAAUAGAGACCUACACAAUAUUAGGAAGGUGGUCAUAACGUUAUGCCUGAUCGGUUUACUUUUGUUAUGAUGUAUUGCAUGAGAUGUUUUUUUUAUUUUUCCUUUUUUAUUUUUUUAGUGUGGGAAACUUCUGCUCUGUAUAUACAAACCUGAUUAUUUUGUGAAGUGUAUAUAUGUGACCACAGCCCAUUUCAUUUGUAAAAAAAAAAAAAAAAAAAAAACUCAAAAUGUUUCAUGCAGCUGUGACGCAUUCUGGUCCGCUGGGAUUACCGUCAGUGGAAACCGCGAUGAGUUCACUUCUAAAUGGAGGCACAGAACCUGACAUUUACUGCAGAUGUUCCAGAUAAAAACUCCAUCCAGGCACCAGUGCAGCUGGAAAUACAUCAACGUGGUGUCACAUUAUGUUUGGCCAGCACAAGAAUAGGAAGAAAAAAUAAACCACUAAACAACAAGAAAGGCAGGGAAAUGCAAGAUGAGUCUCCUCAAAGCGCUUUAGGGUGGAUUUAUCUUUUAAUUGCAGAUAUUUUUCCUUUGGAAGCCGGUUUGGUGUAAUAGAUUCUGUAGGUGAGGCUGAAGAUGGAGAUGAGAGUAGCCAUGAAGAAAGGGAAAAAGUGAAAGGGAAUAGGUAAUAUAGAGGGCAAAAAGAGAGAGGAGGAGGAGGAGAGGGCAGCAAAGCUCGACUGUGUUUGAAUAAAAAUGAGGCUGGGUGUGGAGAGAUUAGUCUCUCUGUUUUUGUCUUUCCUCCUUCUUUUCCUCUUAAUGCCCCGCAACCUCUCUGAACAACUCACUGUGCUUCCAGUCCACAUUUCCCCUGUCUCCUUUGACUAACAGCUUAAAGGCAAAACUGUCGUCCUUUUUUUUUUCAGAUGCACCAUUCUCGCAAACAUUUUGAACUUGGAUCUCUUAAGGAUUUAUUGGCACGUACAGCAUCUUUCACGCAAAACCCCUGCAGUCUUUUGUUUUGGGUUUCCAGGAGAGUAUUUUUUCCUUCUUCUUCUUUUUUUUACCUGUUUAGCUCCAUGUGUGCGGUCUUUCAGAGUUAUAUCAACCUAACCAGAACUGACAGACUCUGGCUGAACACAUGCAGUAAAGGUUUUGUGGUCGGUUCAUUAGACACUGAAAUUUCUCAGCUACUGCAAAACUGGUUGCUUUGAGAUCUUGUAUAGAGGUUUUACAUUUAAUUCAAUUCAUGACCAAAUACUUGCUAAACUAUUGUCAUCACUGUUUGUUCUGAUAUAGAGCGCCAAUCACAGAACUGUGAACAUCACUUUUUUUUUUGUCCAAAUGUAAAAACGAUUUCUUCUGAAUCUCAAUUUAUUCAGUGUUUCAUCAGACUUACCUGAACUGAAUCCGUCUGUUUCUCUUUAUUUUUCUUCUAAUUGCUUGCCAUACUUUUCAGUAUGUAUGUAAUGUACGGUUUCUCUUGAGAAAAAAAAGAAAAGAAAAAAAGAAAAACGGCUCAAUAAUCAGCUGUAGUCUGCCUUUCUCUGUUUACCUACAAUACUGUUAUAGGUGUUACUGCUCAUAUAGUCAGAGCAUCCCACUGUAAUGUAUAAUAAUACUGUAAGAUAAUGUGAGUAUGCGCACGCUUGUGCAUCUUGUGUGUUUGUGUGCGGGUGUAAUAUAUUGUGCGUGUGAGCGUGCGUGCGUGUGUGCGUGUGCUGUUCAGUGUACAGUAACAUGUUUGUACAUCGUGCGUGUGAGUUUGUAGCUGUGAACUUUCUGAAUCUUACAUUUACAAGGCACUGUUUGUCAAUAAAGAAGACGAAUCAAACUCA